AUGUUUGCAGUUACGCGCAUAGCUCUCAGAUGCAGUCGACCGAGGCUGCUCUCACUGCUGGUCAGGCCGCCACUGCCACGGACACCGCUUCUGGGUUUCUUGGGCGGUGGGCGGCGACGGCUGCUUACCACCGAGAGGGCUGCUGCUGAUGCUCUUGGUGCUGGUGAUGGUGAUGCUGGUGAUGGUGCUGCUGCCAAUGGCGGUGCUGCUGCUGCUGGUCAUUCUGCGUCUACUGAUGAUUCUCGGGCAUUGAGUGCUGCAGUCGGUGCUGGGAGCUCAGAAACUGCGCCUGAGAACUCGGAAAUCACAGACAUCACCCCCGAGAACCUGCCGCCUACAAUUACAACUAUCAAUGCUGCUACCGGCGCUCCUGCUACCGUCACAAUACCCUCCCCCGAAGAAUCUAGAUCCACUGCUACCAGUACUGCCGCAGCAGAAGAAUCCGCUCCUUCUACGACUCCUGCUGAUGAUGCUACUGCUACUCCCAACACCGCCGACCCUCCCCCCUUCGUCCCCCCGCCCUUCUGCCCCGGCUGCGGCGCCCCCUCGCAACAAACCUCCCCCACGCUCCCCGGCUACUACCACCCCCGCCGCCCCAAAUCCGAACGCUUCACCACCCCCAAUAUCAAAACCCAGCGCAAGCAACGCGAAGACGAAAUCUACCGCGCAGCGCUCGACCGUCUCGCCGCCUCCCUCGACCCCACCAACGCCCCCCUCCACCAGACCCCCCCCAUCCUCGACACUUCUCCCCCGCCGCCGCCCCCCCCACCAAGAAUCCCCCGCUGCGCGCGCUGCCACGCGAUGCAGCACCACAACACGGCGCCGCCGCUGCCAUCGUACCCGACGCUCGAAACACUCACGGGCCUGCUGGCGGCGUCGAGGCACCGCAGAAACCACAUCUACCAUCUCAUUGACGCCGCGGACCUGCCCAUGUCGCUGCAGCCGGACCUGCGCAGCCACCUGUGGGCCAACCUGCCGCGCGCCGUGACGAGGGAGCUGACGAUAUCAAGACGGUGA